AUGAUAGUCGGUGGAGCGCUUUUAAACCUAGACACUUGCAUUUCGGUCAUUCCAAAUUGUCCACCACACAAGCAUGGUGAGGGAGGCUUUGGCUUGUCGGUUUGGCGUGCCGGCGUCACAAGUGCUUGCCCACCAAGCGUCGACGGAGUCCAUCAAGUGCCACGAAGAGGUGUCCAACUUGAAGAUGUGAAAUUUUUCAAUGACCAAGGCCCACAGCCUUAG